UUCCCCCAACUUUUCCCUCUCAAGCUCCACCCUUUCCCGUCCACAGCCAACCUCCUCUCUUCCCCAGGGACCGCCUCCCACCAUGUGCCCCUGAGCCUCCAAGGAGGAGGCUCAGGGAGCCCCAUGGCCUCCCGCCCCCCGUGGCCCCACAGCCCCCGGGGGCCAUGGGAAGCCCCUGAAAAGCCCGGCGCUGAGGAUGGGCAACGGCAGCUGGGAGGGCUGCCACGUGGACUCCCGCAUGGACCACCUCUUCCCGCCUUCCCUCUACAUCUUCGUCAUCGGCCUGGGGCUGCCCACCAACUGCCUGGCGCUGUGGGCCGCCUACCGCCAGGUGCGCCAGCGCAACGAGCUGGGCGUGUACCUCAUGAACCUGAGCAUCGCCGACCUGCUGUACAUCUGCACGCUGCCGCUCUGGGUGGACUACUUCCUGCACCACGACAACUGGAUCCACGGCCCCGGCUCCUGCAAGCUCUUCGGCUUCAUCUUCUACACCAACAUCUACAUCAGCAUCGCCUUCCUGUGCUGCAUCUCGGUGGACCGCUACCUGGCCGUGGCCCACCCGCUGCGCUUCGCCCGCCUGCGCCGCGUCAAGACGGCCGUGGCCGUGAGCUCCGUGGUCUGGGCCACCGAGCUGGGCGCCAACUCGGCGCCGCUGUUCCAUGACGAGCUGUUCCGCGAUCGCUACAACCACACCUUCUGCUUCGAGAAGUUCCCCAUGGAGGGCUGGGUGGCCUGGAUGAAUCUCUACAGGGUCUUCGUGGGCUUCCUGUUCCCGUGGGCCCUCAUGCUGCUGUCCUACCGCGGCAUCCUGCGCGCCGUGCGCGGGAGCGUGUCCACCGAGCGCCAGGAGAAGACCAAGAUCAAGCGGCUGGCCCUCAGCCUCAUCGCCAUCGUGCUGGUCUGCUUCGCGCCCUACCACGUGCUCCUGCUGUCGCGCAGCGCCGUGCACCUGGGCCGCCCCUGGGACUGCGGCUUCGAGGAGCGCGUCUUCCCCGCCUACCACAGCUCGCUGGCCUUCACCAGCCUCAACUGCGUGGCCGACCCCAUCCUCUACUGCCUGGUCAACGAGGGCACCCGCAGCGACGUGGCCAAGGCCCUGCACGACCUGCUGCGCUUCCUGGCCAGCGACAAGCCCCAGGAGAUGGCCAACGCCUCCCUCACCCUGGAGACCCCGCUCACGUCCAAGAGGAGCAACGUGGCCAAGGUCAUGGCCGCCGGCUGGGUGGCGGCGCCGUCCUCCCAGGAGGACCAGGUGCAGCUGAAGAUGCUGCCGCCGGUGGCACAGUGAACCUCAGAUCGCACAGAGACGCCCCCUCCCCCCCCCUAAAUUCAUCCCACUCGCUGGACCCUCUCGCUCUGGUGUAUGCGAAUUGUAUGUAAAUAAGGCCAUGUUACGGCUCAUCAUGUGAAUAUAAGAAAAGAGGAA